ACGUCACGGUGGGCGGAAGUCACGAUAGCUGUUUUGAAAUCAGGCCGCGGGGGUCCUACAAGCUCCUGCCCUCGCGGAGGCAGGCAGCCCCUCUACGCCGGGCGGACCCCUGACGACUACGCUGCGGCCCUACGGGCCUAAGGCCGCAGCCGCGCCAUGUCCACUCCUCCUUUGGCGGCAGCGGGGAUGGCUCCCGGGCCCUUCGCCGGUCCCCAGGCUCAGCAGGCCGCCCGGGAGGUCAACACGGCAUCGCUGUGCCGGAUCGGGCAGGAGACGGUCCAGGACAUAGUGUACCGCACCAUGGAGAUCUUCCAGCUCCUGAGGAACAUGCAGCUGCCAAAUGGUGUCACUUACCAUACUGGAACAUACCAAGACCGGUUAGCAAAGCUACAGGAUCAUCUUCGCCAACUUUCUAUUCUCUUCAGGAAGCUGAGAUUGGUCUAUGACAAAUGCAAUGAAAACUGUGGAGGGAUGGAUCCCAUUCCAGUAGAGCAACUUAUUCCAUAUGUUGAAGAGGAUGGCUCAAAGAAUGACGACUGGGCCGGCCCACCUCGUUUUGCCAGUGAAGAGAGGCGAGAAAUUGCUGAAGUAAAUAAAAAACUCAAACAGAAAAAUCAACAGCUGAAGCAAAUUAUGGAUCAAUUACGAAAUCUCAUCUGGGAUAUAAAUGCCAUGUUGGCAAUGAGGAACUAAAGUGAUAUUUAAAUUUCCUGCUUUACACAUGUUGAACCAUUUUUUUUCUCUUAAAUAUUUUUCCCCUUUGAAGAUUAUUUAUCUGCCUUUAUUCUAGUCACUAGAAUUAAAGUUCCCAUUUUUAACAUUGUGGUUUUGCUUUUAAGUGUUCAUUGGCAGUUUUUUUAAAGCUGUUUUGUGAAAGAUUACUGUAACAAGCUUUGAUAGAGUUUGUGUUUUGGUUAAUGUUCAUGAAUUGAACAAUUGUUUUUUAAAAGCUAAAUAAUUAAGUUUUGGAAAUAAAUGUUUUAAUUUGA